AUGGUGUUGCAGGUGCUGGUGGAUCGCAAGGGCCAUUUAACCAACAUCAACAUAGAAUGUUGGGAAAGUAUUAUCUCCUUGCAAACAUCUGUAGUGCCUCUGUGUGUGUUUUCCAGGGCCUGGAGAGAAAGCAUCUUCCUGAAAGAACUCCAGCGCAAAGGUGUCUGCUUGCUCAAACUGCAGGUAGCCAGUCAAAGAACUGGGCUCUAUGGACGACUGCUUGUAACAUUUCAGCCUAGAAAAUACAAUCCAGAUGCAGAGCUGCCCUGUAACAGCUUUGGGCCUGGUGACAUUGUGGGUCUUUAUGAAUCUGCUGGUCAGGGCGAUCCACUUUCCACAGGAAUUGUGACCCACAUAACCCCCAAAUUGGUUACCGUUGCCUUUGAGGAGUCUCGAGAUGGCCUGUUGAGCUUGGACCAAGAGAAUUCUUACCGCCUGCUGAAGCUAGCCAAUGAUGUUACCUACAAGAGGCUGAAAAAAGCUUUAAACACACUAAAUCAGUAUCUCUCUGGUCCAGCAUGCAGUCUUAUUGACGUCCUUUUCUUUUCUUCUGAACCAAGUGCUCCCAGUGAAACAAAGCCUUUAACGUUCUACAAUGAAGCGCUGGAUGCCUCUCAGAGGGAGGCUGUUUGCUUUUCGCUGGCACAGAAAGAACUUGCUAUCGUCCAUGGACCUCCUGGCACCGGUAAAACCACUACUGUGGUCGAGAUAAUACUUCAAGCUGUGCGGCAAGGCCUGAAAGUCCUGUGUUGUGCUCCCUCCAACAUUGCAGUGGAUAAUCUGGUGGAAAGACUGGCUGGCUAUAAGCAGAAGAUACUGCGUCUUGGUCACCCUGCUCGCCUGCUGGAAUCCAUCCAGCAUCAUUCCCUGGAUGCGGUCUUGGCACGUGGCGAUAAUGCCCGGAUAGUGGCAGAUAUCAGGAAGGAUAUUGACCAGGCAUUCACAAAAACCAGAAAGACUCAGGACAAGGGGGAGAAAAGCCAUUUCCGAAAUGAGAUUAAAGCACUGAGAAAGGAGCUGAAGGAGCGAGAAGAAACUGCUAUGAUUGAAAUCCUCUCUCAGGCUAAUGUUGUUCUUGCAACAAAUACAGGUGCUUCCUCUGAUGGUCCACUGAAGUUACUUCCUGAAAAUCACUUUGAUCUGGUGGUGAUAGAUGAAUGUGCUCAGGCAUUAGAAGCGAGCUGUUGGAUACCUUUGCUGAGGGCCAGGAAGUGUAUCCUGGCCGGGGAUCACAAACAGUUGCCUCCCACAAUCAUAUCUGACAAGGCUGCAGCACAGGGUCUUUCUCUCAGCCUAAUGGAGCGUCUGAUUCAGAAAUAUGGCGAGAGCAUAGUGAAGAUGCUGACUGUGCAAUACCGAAUGCAUCAGGCUAUAAUGCAGUGGUCCUCCACAGAAAUGUACUGUGGCCAACUCACAGCUCACCCUUCCGUGGCACGUCAUUUGCUGAAGGACCUUCCGGGAGUUGCUUCUACAGAAGAGACUAGGAUUCCUUUGCUGCUUAUAGAUACAGCUGGCUGUGGCUUAUUUGAGCUUGAAGUGGAAGAAGAACAGUCUAAAGGGAAUCAAGGGGAAGUGCGUCUUGUAGGCUUGCACAUCCAGGCUUUGGUGGAAGCUGGCGUUAAAGCAAGAGACAUUGCUGUCAUUGCUCCUUACAACCUCCAGGUGGACAUGCUAAGAGAGCAUCUUUGUCAUAAGUAUCCAGAGCUGGAAAUUAAAUCUGUAGAUGGCUUCCAGGGACGGGAAAAGGAGGCUGUCGUGCUGUCCUUUGUGAGAUCCAAUAGGAAAGGCGAGGUGGGUUUUCUUGCUGAAGACCGGAGGAUAAACGUGGCAGUGACUCGUGCCCGACGCCACGUGGCAGUCAUCUGUGACUCGCGGACCGUCGGCAGCCAGGCCUUUUUGAAACGGCUGGUGGACUAUCUGAGUGAACAUGGGGAAGUGCGGACAGCCUUCGAGUACCUCAACGACAUUGUGCCAGACAACUACUCUCAUGAGAGCUCUCAAAGUCAGGGGGAGCAAGGGCCUAAAACCAACACGGCCUCUGCUCCAAAACCAAAAGCUGAAAACCAGAAAUCCAAACCAAAUCCAAUGAAACCACCCACACAGAGACCAGCAGCACUACCCUUGCAGAGUAAAAACGAGUCUAGGGUGGAAGGGCCAGAGAUGAAAGACAAUUCAGGCAGUUUCAGGGUCAUGAUAGUGGAGUUUCUGAAGAGCAGCAAGAUGCAGAUGGAUUUCCCUUCAUCCUUAAACUCACACGACAGGAUGCUGGUGCACCAACUGGCUGAAGAUUACGGGUUACAGCAUGUAAGUACUGGGGAGAGGAGAGAGAGGUACAUCAGCAUCAGUAAGAAAACCACCACCAUCAGUUCCUCUCCAGUGCACACAGAUGACAGUGAGCAAAGCCCACCUUCUGAAUCCCAAAGCCCCGGAAAAGAGGCACUUGUGCCAGACAAGAAGAGAGAAAGCAGCAUGAGCUCUCAGAAAGUGGAUCUGAAAACGCUGCACCUGGAGAGAUUGCAACGGGAAACCGCCAAAAAAGAAGAGAGGGCCCGAAAGAAUCAGGAGCUGAGCAUCAAUUUGCAGGAAAUAGCUGGAAGAAAACACAAAAAUGAAACAAAAGGAAAGGCCACGGUUAAAAUUGCAGCAGACACCCCAGCUGGAGAAGAUAUUGACGCCCUGAUUUCUGCUGCAGUGAAAGUGGACAACACGUGUGGUUUCCCCAGGUGCAAAGCUAGCGUUACGACCAUGGGACAGCUUUGUCUGCACUGCAACAAGCGCUACUGCCUCAGCCACCACAUCCCAGAGAUUCAUGGAUGUGGGGAGAAGGCCAAAGCUCAAGCUCGGCAGAGAAUUAGCAGAGAAGGAAUUCUCUACGCUGGGAGUGGAUCAAAAGACAAGUCAUUGGACCCAGCAAAAAGAGCUCACUUGCAGAGGCGCCUAGAUAAAAAACUUAAUGAACUGACCAGCCAGAGAAAGAGCAAAAAGAAAGACAAAGAGAAAUGAGGAAUUUGCUCUCACUAAAGCCAGAAUCCCAUCCUAUUUCCUUUUGGAGAUUGAUAUUCAAGCUGAACACACAGGGAUGCAAAAAGCCAUGGCCUUUGUAAACUUAGUUCCUUUUGUGCUGAAGACAGAAAAAGGACCUUUUCAUUUGGAAGUGUGUGUAACUUAGAGCUUUUCUAUGAGUGUAUGAUGUUCUGCCCAAUAAAUAUCAGUUAAGACCAAUCUAAAAAGAACUGCUGCAAGGAUGGCGGGGAUGAAGGUGAUUUGUUUUGUUUGGUGUGUGGUAAUAAAUGUAUAUGGGGAGGAUGCACAGAAUUACAAUAAAGAGUAUUAUUAACCACCCUAAGCAGUAAGCUGUC